CUGGCGAGAUACAAUCAUCUCAAAGGGCAAGUCUUACUCUCAUUGUACGCUCAGGGCCUUUCCCUCAUAAGAAAAUGUGUAGAUCGGAGUUUUCAAUGUGUUGAAAGAGCUAGGAUUCCUCGGUCUUUACAAAGGGGCUCGGGCCUGCUUUCUUCGCGAUAUCCCAUUUUCGGCCAUCUACUUCCCAGCCUACGCUCACGCAAAGUUGGCCAGUGCUGACUCAGAUGGCAUCAAUCAUCCGGGCUCCCUUUUUGCUUCCGCCUUCAUAGCCGGUGUUCCGGCGGCUGGUCUGGUAACACCUGCGGAUGUAAUCAAGACGAGGUUGCAAGUCGCAGCGAGAGCAGGACAGACCACUUACUCUGGAGUCAUUGAUUGUGCUCGUAAAAUCAUGGUAGAAGAAGGUCCAGCAGCGUUCUGGAAAGGAACAGCAGCCCGCGUUUGUCGUUCCAGCCCACAGUUCGCAGUGACCUUGCUCACAUACGAGGCGAGUUGUUUUACCGAAUCUAUUCUUUUGGCAUUAUCUCUUUACCAUAUUCAGGGCAUCAAUCAUCCGGGCUCCCUUUUUGCUUCCGCCUUCAUAGCCGGUGUUCCGGCGGCUGGUCUGGUAACACCUGCGGAUGUAAUCAAGACGAGGUUGCAAGUCGCAGCGAGAGCAGGACAGACCACUUACUCUGGAGUCAUUGAUUGUGCUCGUAAAAUCAUGGUAGAAGAAGGUCCAGCAGCGUUCUGGAAAGGAACAGCAGCCCGAGUUUGUCGUUCCAGCCCACAGUUUGCAGUGACCUUACUCACAUACGAGGUGUUGCAAAGAAUCUUUUAUGUGGAUUUCGGUGGUCUUCGACCAACUGGAUCGGAGGUAUGUGUUUGCUCAGCCUAA